AUGCCAUACACCUCUACGACCACCACAACAAGUACCAGCGGAGUUCGACAAGUAGAAAAAACUUUCAGGUCAACCUCCCCAAUCAGUCGAGAUGAAAUUCGAUCACGUACCAGCGAUCGAGUUGUGUCACCGUUCAGAAGCACUCCAUCACCAUCAACUGGUGAGCGAAUACGUCGCGUUGAGCAGCUGGAUCCUAUAGCAGCCGAAGAAGAACGCGAACGACGGCGAGCACAAGCCGAGCGGGAUCGAAUUGCUUCAUCAUCGGUUGGAUACACUGUAGCCCAGUACGGACAACCGGGUAGUGUGACAAUCGACAGGAGUCAUUCUCCGGAUAGGUACUCCACGCCACGAUCGUACGGUGGUACGCUGGAUAAAAAAGAACCCCGAAAUGCGGUGAGCCCAUCAUCGUUCGAGAGCAAACAAAGACCGGAAUCACCCGAAUAUUCUGCGGUUUAUGAGCGCUUCGAUCGGAAGCGUGAUGAACCUCCACCAGCACCUGCUCAUGCUCAACCAGAUCCAUUAAAGGCUAAGGUUGCUGCAUCAAGCGAGAAUUCUCAUCAACGGUACAGAUCGAGAAGCCCACCACCGGACUAUGACAGUGGUCCUUCAGUCACGCAAAGUAUCGCUACAUCAGUUAAGGUGAGAGGAUUUGAAACUUAA